CCUACCUCUGUUCAUCUCUGGAUCUCUCUGUUUCACUGUUCUGCUCUGGAUUUUGGACAUCUCCGAGUGUCUGACCCUCUCUCUGUUCUGUGUUGUCUCAGGUGUGAGCAUGAGUGCUUCACUGUGGACUGAGGAGCAGUUUAACUGCCCCGUGUGUCUGGAUCUCCCAAAUGAUCCGGUCACCAUCCCCUGUGGCCACAGCUACUGCAUGGCCUGCAUCAAGGACUACUGGAGCAAGGACGACCCUAAGGGGGUUUACAGCUGCCCCCAAUGCCGCCAGACCUUCUGCCCAAAACCCUCCCUGUCCAGGAACACCAUGCUGGCCGAGGCUGUGGAGCAGCUCCGCAAAGGGGCCCUCAAGGCUGACGUGCGUGAAUCUAUGCGAAGCGCCCGAGGGGUCGCCUCCUCAUCCAAAUCCAAAAAGAAGCUCUCCUCCUCAGCUGUGCCGUGUGACAUGUGCAAAGACGAGCAGCGAGCAGCAGUGAAAAGCUGCCUGGUGUGUAUGAGCUCAUUCUGUCAGGCCCACCUGAAGCCCCACACGACCAAGAAGUCUCUGAAGCAGCACGAGCUCAUCGCACCCACAAGCAAUCUGGCAGAGAAGAUCUGCACCCAGCACAAGUACCUGCAGGAGUUCUACUGUCGUCAGUGUAAGAUGUUCGUCUGCUGGCUAUGCACCAGUAACCUGCACAAAGGUCACGAGUGUGUGUCCACCAAGGCUGAGCGCCUGGAGAAACAGAAAGUGAUGUCCGAGCUGCAGACUGAGAACCAGCAGAGACUGAAAGACAGAGAGCAGGAGCUGAAAGACAUGAAGAAGAUGAUGGAGUUGAUGAAGCGUUCUUCAGACAUGGUGCAUGAUGACAUGGAGGAGGCGCUAUCAGAGCUGCAGCGCUCCGUGGGGCGUCUGCAGGAGCUGCUGGAGGAGGUGCUGGAUCAGGCCAACCUGGAGAAGAUGGGCCAGGCUCAGGAGGUCACCGACAGCCUGGAGGCCGAGAUCAAGGAGCUGAAGAAGAGGGAGACGGAGAUGAAAGAUCUGGCGCGCUGUGAGGACCACAUCCAUUAUCUGGAGAUGUACGAGUCCAUGUGCAGCCCUCUGGAGUGUGGCGAGCUGCCCACUGUGGUGGUCAAUUCAGAAGCUUCCUUCGAGCCUGCACGAGACGCCAUCCUGGACCUCAGGGACCGAGUGGAGGACCUGUGCAACCAGGAGCUGGGCAAGAUCACCAAACAAGUCAACGACACAACUCUGUUCACUUUGGGAGACUCCAGUCGAAACUCAGGACAGAAAGGAGGGAUUUUUAAAUUGUUUUCUGGUCUGGGUUCUCGCAACACAAACAGCCGUCCGGCAGCCUCCACACCCAGCAUCUCAGUCGGGUCACGGAGUACAGACAGACGAGGACACGGUAUAGGCUUUAAAAGUCAAGAUGUGAGGAGCAGAGACACACCACGAGACAGAGGACACACGAGCUCACCCAGACCCCGGGACAGACAGAGGAGAGAGGAAAGAGACACAGUGAGGGAAAGCAACCGGAGACCAAGCCCCAGAUCCAGCCCCACUCCCAGCCGCAGAGAGUCUCAGUCUCUCUGGAGCCGGUCCAGUCAGAUCCAGGCUGCCCCUGAACCGGCCCCGACCCCUACCCCUAUGCGAACCCCAAAUCCAGUCCCAGUCAACCCGAAUCCAGCUCCAACUCCUGCUCCAACUCCAGCUCCUGCUCCUGCAUCAAGUGGAGGGUCGGGUUUUAGUCGGAUGGCGUCGAUCAGCAGCCUCUUCCGCUCCCAUCGCCGUGGCACCAGCCAGGCCACCCCAGUUAAUAACACACCAGCACCAGCAGGGAACCAAUGGGGGAUGGCUUCUCUGCCUGAAACAGCAACAGAAAUUAACCCCGGUCUCUUCUUGGACUUGCCCACCCCAACCACCGUGAACCACGCUCCUGCUUUCCCUGCAUUGAGAGAAAUCAAUAUUGACAGCAUCCAGGCCCCGGAGCCGAGGAGCAGAGAUGAGUUUCUACAGUACUCUGUGACCUUGACUCUUGACCCCAACACGGCCCACCGACGGCUGACUCUCUCUGAGGGCAACACUAAAGCCACCCUGCAGGGGGCGGCGCAGCCGUACCCCGACACUCCCCAACGCUUUGACGGCUGGACCCAGGUAAUGUGCACGAGCCCGCUGUACGCCCAGCGCUGUUACUGGGAGGUGGAGUGGAGAGGACGAGGCUCCUCUAUGGGCGUAGCCUACGGGUCGUUGACCAGGAAGGGCUCUGACGCCCGAUCAGGGCUCGGUUAUAACGUCCAGUCCUGGACCCUGGAGCUGUCGGACACCUGCUGCUCGGCCAUGCACGACAACGAGAAGAAGGACAUACCGGUCACCUACUCCCCUCGCCUGGGCAUCUACCUGGACCUGUCCAUGGGGACGCUGGCGUUCUACAGUGUGGCAGAAAGUAUGACGCACCUUCACACCUUCCGCGCAAACUUCACACAGCCGCUUUAUGCUGUAUUUGGGGUGGGCAGUGGAGUCGGGGUGGGUCUGGACUUCGCCCUCGGCCAGUUCAGCUCCAGCUCUGACAGCAUCAAGAUCUGUCCAAUGUAAGGAUAUAGGCAAGAUUACGCCAAAUUAAAGAGUAACUACGGAAUUUGUCAGCCCUGACACUGUAUCCCAUUUACCACUCUUGUGUGCGAACUGUCAAUUUACGUCCACUAAAAGUGCUUGUUUUUGCUACUGACAGGCUUAUUAUUUUUAGUGCAGGACAACAUUAAAUAAAGGGAAUCCCUACAGGGAUUGUUUUUUUAGUUAAUGAUUAUUUUUGUUAAACCUGAAACAGAAUUGAACCAAAAUUGCUAUUGACAAACCCACCAGACUCCAUUUAAGUAAACACCAAAAAGCUCUGAUCAGUUGAAAUAAACAUUUAAUUCAUCCAGUUUGAUGCUGGCUCUAAUCAUGCUAAAAUUACUGUAAUUAUUGUCUGGUUUGACAAUAGUAAAUUUUGGGGCUGUUUCUGGUUAAAAAGGAUUUUACUCUCUCGCAGAAAGGUCCAUCUCUGUCGGGAUUCUCCCCAUAAAGUUGUCAGACAUUUAGAGUAACAAUCUGAGCCAGCAGGACUUAUGCAGUGGACAUUUGUUGACUGUGCUCUUCCUCAAUACAGGACCAAUUUCGAAAAUUAAAAAUUAUCAACUUACACACAGAGACACACACGCAAAAAAAUACUGAUCAAACUCUCAGGACACAAUAACUGAAAGGUUUUUCUAAAGUUUGGUUGCAUGUGAUUUUUUUUUUCAUAUUUUAAAUGCACUUACUAAAAGAAGUUUGUAUUCCACACAAAAAGCAAAAAUUAUUGUUUACAGCCAUAUUCACGUCUCGGUUCCAUGGUGUGUUUUUCGGUAUUUGGGUUCGUACUGAAUUAUCUCAAAAACUAACAGAUGGAUUCCUAAUUUGUAAUAAGUAAGGAAAAAAACAGUCGCUGACUUUGUUUUCAUUGCUUUAUUUAAAAAAAAAGAGGCAACUGAGUAAUAGCCAUGAGUAGUUUACAGAGGAUCAUGAGGGGAGAAUGGAAGAAGUCACUGGACAUUUUAUAUUUCAGCCAAAGUAAGCCACAAACCUGAACCUCGUGUUUUCUUGGAAAAUAUUACAACAAAUCUAAAGAUAUGAACAGUCUGCAUGUGUCUUCUUCUCUCCACUCCAAACAUUAAACAGAAACUUCAUUUGUUAAAUAUGUUAGAGCUAAUUAAUACAAAAUGCAUCAUACAGUACACACGUGUGUAUUCCUUUACUUUAAAAAUAAAAGUUUUGGCUUAAUUUGGAUUCCCUUCUGUGGGCUUCUACAAACAAAAAACACUGCUACAUAUAUUAAAAGCUUAUUUCUGAAUUUUAAUUUUAAUAUGUUAGAAUUUGUAUACGUCACAUAAUGGUGUCACUAAAUCAAAGGUUAGAUAAAGUAAAAGUGCAGUUUGUGAGUGGGAGGGUCUGCUUGGGUUGACAGAUGUAUGGGACAACCGCACUGAAGCCCAAAACUCUCUGCUUCCUUGAAAUAUAAUAUCAUAGCAUAUAAGCAGUAAUAAAUAGUAUGAGCUUUCCUAAAGGAAUACUCCCACCUGCUGGCCAGUGUGUGAACCACAUAUGUCAACCCCGAGACAUUUUAAACACAGAAAACAACCCCAAAAAAAACCCGGAUGUGAUAUUUUUCCCUCUGAACCCGUACAUCCCACAGACCUAAAACUGAAAUGAUCAAAUGCUCUUUUAAGGGCCCGCCAAAGCUGUGGGGAAAUGUUUUCAACCGUGCAGUGAUCCUCAAAUUAACCCACCUCCAAAAUCCAAAUGAGUGCAAAUAAUAUAUACAAACAUGGCUUAACAGGAACAUAAGUCAUAACAGUGCUGGCUUCUACUUAAGGCCUCAUAAAAACACACAAAACACCAGGACCUGAAGGAAAAAAAGGCAGACCCAUUUUUCUUGCCUGCCGGCUUCAGCCUUGGCCCCACCUGUCUGAAGACAGGUGCAUGCUGGGACCUGUAGGCAAGGUUGACAAAGUCAUGCAGAUGCUUUGCAAAGAGGCUGGAAACAGGGGCACGGCACAUGGACGGUCACCAGACACACGUGCAAAAAUGGACGACUGUAAAAUCAUUAAUGCAAAAAUGGACGACUAUUAAAUCAUUAUUAUGUUAAUACUGGCAUGUUAAUGGCACGGUCUGAAUACAAGAUUAGUCCGGCAGUGUGCUAUUAAGCCAGCUAGCACUUAAAGUCCUCAAGUAAUAAAAGCAUGAAUCCCUUCUCUUGUGAAUGUUUGUAUUUGGGGAUAAAACCACUGGCUGCAUAAUGGGCGUGGCUAACAUGACUAUGUUAUUACAGACUAAAGCUUUUCAAACCCACUACAGAACAAGCCCUUUGAAUAGCUACACUGGAUGCUCA